AUGACCACCACCUUAGCGACCACCACCCCUAACGACCACCACCCUAACGACCACCACCCUAACGACCACCACCCUAAUGACCACCACCCUAGCGACUACCACCCUAACGACCACCACCCUAACGACCACCACCCUAACGACCACCACCCUAACGACCACCACCCUAACGACCACCACCCUAGCGACCACCACCCUAACGACCACCACCCUAACGACCACCACCCUAACGACCACCACCCUAACGACCACCACCCUAGCGACCACCACCCUAACGACCACCACCCUAACGACCACCACCCUAACGACCACCACCCUAAUGACCACCACCCUAACGACCACCACCCUAACGACCACCACCCUAAUGACCACCACCCUAGCGACCACCACCCUAACGACCACCACCCUAACGACCACCACCCUAACGAGCACCACCCUAACGACCACCACCAUAACGACCACCACCCUAACGACCACCACCCUAACGACCACCACCCUAACGACCACCACCCUAGCGACCACCACCCUAACGACCACCACCCUAACGACCACCACCCUAACGACCACCACCCUAAUGACCACCACCCUAGCGACCACCACCCUAACGACCACCACCCUAACGACCACCACCCUAACGACCACCACCCUAACGACCACCACCCUAACGACCACCACCCUAACGACCACCACCCUAACGACCACCACCCUAGCGACCACCACCCUAACGACCACCACCCUAACGACCACCACCCUAACGACCACCACCCUAACGACCACCACCCUAGCGACCACCACCCUAACGACCACCACCCUAACGACCACCACCCUAACGACCACCACCCUAAUGACCACCACCCUAACGACCACCACCCUAACGUGUGGAGAAACUAA